CGUGUUGUCUGUUGGUUGUUUGCAAUUUGCUGAAAAGAUAAAGUAAUAUGCACCGACGUUCUGAUGAUUACGCCUUCAAAUAAUGAUGAAAUAAUCGGUUGUCUGCUGCAACCAGUGCAGUGGAAAGUUGCUUAUGACAUAACUCUGCGUCGUGGUGGUGCGUCCUGCUGUUGAAUCAAACGAUCUAGCUGACAAGAAAGACAAGAUCCUCCAAUUCAACUGUGCAUGUUGUUGGAGGAACAGCUGCAAUUGUGAUAUUUGUACUGUUGAGCCGUAAAUGAACGCGACAUACCGUGCAUCGAUUGCCCUUCAACGUGUCUAGAAGCAGCAACAGUCAGUCAGUCACCGCACUAUGGCGUUGGCCGCCGUAUAUGUGCGUCAGGCGCGGAACUUAAUAAAUGUGCGAUAUGCGCGCCUGCUCUGCACUAAAGUCAUUUCGCCACCGUUAUCAAAAGAAAAUUUCGACUACGAUCUGGUGGUCAUCGGUGGAGGUUCCGGGGGUUUGGCCUGUGCUAAGCAGGCCGUCCAGCUUGGCGCCAAGGUGGCGGUACUGGACUUCGUGAAGCCGUCGCCACGCGGAACCAAAUGGGGCCUUGGCGGGACGUGCGUUAACGUAGGCUGCAUUCCGAAGAAGUUGAUGCACCAAGCAUCGCUGCUGGGCGAAGCUAUCCACGAUUCGCAACCGUACGGGUGGAAGUUUGCUGAUCCGAGCUCGGUGCGGCAUGACUGGGCCACGCUCACCGAAUCUGUGCAGAACCACAUCAAAUCGGUCAACUGGGUGACACGGGUCGAUUUGCGCGACCAAAAGGUGGAGUACAUCAACGGUCUCGGGUACUUCAAGGAUGCGCACACUGUGGUGGCCCUGAUGAAAAAUCAAACCGAGCGGGAGCUGCGCACCAAAUACGUCGUGAUCGCGGUUGGUGGACGGCCUCGGUACCCCGAGAUUUCCGGUGCAUCCGAGCAUGGCAUCACUAGCGACGAUGUGUUCAGUUUGUCCGAGGCUCCAGGCAAAACACUGCUCGUCGGCGCCGGUUACAUCGGGCUCGAAUGUGCCGGUUUCCUGAAGGGACUCGGAUACGACGUGACGGUGAUGGUACGUUCGAUCUUGCUCCGGGGAUUCGACCAGCAGAUGGCGACCAUGAUUGGUGACUCGAUGGUUGAGAAGGGCAUCAAGUUCCACCACAAGACACGACCGCUGGCGGUCGAGAAGCAGUCGGAUGGGCGACUGCUCGUGCGCUACGAAACGGACGGUGCCGGCACCGGUGGCGAGGAGUCGUUCGAUACGGUGUUGUUUGCGAUUGGUCGCCAGGCCGAGACGGGCACACUCAAACUGGACCGCGCCGGUGUCGUAACGGCCGACGGUGGCAAAUCGGAUAAGAUCGACGUGAACGGCGUGGAUCAGACGAACGUGCCGAAUAUCUACGCGGUCGGUGAUGUACUGUAUCGCAAACCAGAGCUGACUCCGGUAGCGAUCCAUGCCGGGCGCAUCAUCGCUCGACGGCUGUUCGGCAACUCCGACGAAACGAUGGACUACAAAGAUGUGGCGACGACCGUGUUUACGCCCCUGGAGUAUGGGUGCGUCGGACUGAGCGAAGAGGAUGCCGAGGCUGCCCACGGCAAGGACAACGUCGAGGUUUACCAUGCUUACUACAAACCGACCGAAUUUUUUGUUCCGCAGCGGUCCGUCCGCUACUGCUACCUGAAGGCGGUGGCGCUUCGCGAGGGCGACCAACGUGUGUUGGGGCUGCACUUCCUAGGGCCGGCCGCCGGCGAGGUAAUUCAGGGCUUUGCGGCUGCUUUGAAGUGUGGGUUGACGAUGAAAAUUCUGCGCAACACUGUCGGCAUUCAUCCUACGGUCGCCGAAGAGUUCACGCGUCUCGCGAUUACCAAGAGCUCUGGACUUGAUCCUACACCGGCCACCUGCUGCAGUUAAAUUAAAUCAAUCAAUCCAUCAAACAACUCAAAUAUGCGACGCCGUUAAUAAUUGGCCGGCCGUUUGCCAUGAGGUAAUGUAAAAAUUCAUCAAUGAAAUGUAAUAAAAAAAAUGUAAAAAUUCAUCAAAAAACCCCCACACAUACACACCCACAGUAAUUAGGGUAUGUACCCAAGAUGACCAUUAGAAACGUCAAAAGACCUUCCAAAGCGAUUUGAUUGGAUGUAACUUUCAUUUCCGUGCGCAGGUUUACUAUUUACGAUUGAAAUGGUAUUGUUUUAAUUGUUUUAGAAUGCAAAAUUGGUUCUGGUCAUAACCAAAAAUAAUUCCUCGCUUGGUGUGUCUUGUUCCUUUUGGACGCUUUCGUUUUUUGGCUCCCUAAGUCAAAAUAAUUUUUAUUUCGGAAAAUCAAACAAUGGAUAUUAUUUUUUUUUGCAAAACUAAUUGAUUCCUCAUCUACGAAAAAUAGGUUCAGCGUUUUAUCUCACCCUGAGUCGGAAAAAACGGGUGAGGCUAUCAUUAUGAAAAGCAGUGUAUAUUUCAGUAUGCUCUGAUAAAUUUCUUACUCUUCUCAUCCGGCAAUUACAACAGUCGAGCGAUCUUGGCCUGCAAAAGAGACAAUGUUAAUCUCUGUUGCUGCUUACUGUAACGUUUUUACGGGCGAGGUUAUUGGCUCCGAGCCAGGCCCCUUGUCACGUCGGUUUCUGGAAUCCAACCCAGACCCAGAGCUGCGUGACAACGACAAGUUUGCGUUAUCGACUAUUCUAUCAAAUCAAUUUACCAUCAUGAAAUUAAAGUAUUACCACGAAUUCUUUUAUACCAGCAGAACCUAUAUCCGUUAUUUAAAGUUAUAACAACAUUAAAUUGUGUAGGUUUGUCUCUGUCUUUAUUUUGCGUAUCUUGGGUCGGGCUCGUGUACCAAGACUUGUGUUGUUUAUUCAUAAGUAGUACAUUAGCUUUCUUAUCGUACUGUACGUGAUAAAUUGGCUGACCACGAAGGAGCCAACCCGUGUCGUUCUUACACUCAGUUGUUGGUUGUUUCUCCCUCUUGCUCGCUCCCUUACGAAGCUGUCGCUGGGCUGUCCGCCCAUCUUUUGUGGAUAAAUAAGUAUUUCGCCCGUCACCUCGUGAAAGGGGAGUUACGAAAUUAAGCAAGCAUCCUUAACUAAGAUUCAUGCGUACUAGGACCGAUUGUGAAUAUGGUCAUCGUUCCCAUUUUUUUCAUAAUAUUGUUUCCAUUUUUCAUCAUCUUGGUUGGUUAAUGGGCUAACCUUAACCCUCUCGAAUCGCGCUCGAAACAUGUGUCUCAUAACAAUAGUUAAAUCUUGAUCAGUGCUAUCGCUAUCACGGCGUUGCAUUCUAUCAUUAAAGGACAAAAGUGGAAAUGGAAUUACAAAAUGAACGCUAAGACUAGGGA